GACGUUGAGCUCAGUUUACACACACAGCUGACCAGAAAAGGCUGUGUUACAGUGAGGGAGACGAGAAACCCUUCUGUUAAAAGAAAACAAAACGCAACUUGCACUGUACUCGGGUGAGAAGCCAAGGCCUGUAAAAAAAUGCCUCUCUUUGGGAAAUCUCACAAAAGCCCUGCGGAUAUUGUAAAAACUUUAAAAGAAAAUAUGGCCAUUUUGGUGAAGCAUGAUAAGAAGGCAGAAAAGGCUUCUGAGGAAGUGUCCAAGUGCCUGGUGGCCAUGAAGGAGAUACUCUAUGGCACGAAUGAGAAGGACCCGCAGACUGAAACAGUCGCCCAGUUAGCUCAGGAGCUAUAUAACAGUGGAUUGCUGCUCAGUCUGGUUAACGAUUUGCAGGUGAUAGAUUUUGAGGGUAAGAAGGAUGUGUGCCAGAUCUUCAACAACAUCCUAAGAAGACAAAUCGGCACUCGCAUCCCAACUGUUGAAUAUAUAAGUUCCCACCAACAGAUCCUGUUCAUCCUUUUAAAGGGGUACGAAACACCGCAGGUUGCGUUAAAUUGCGGGAUCAUGUUGAGAGAGUGCAUUCGACACGAGCCGCUUGCCAAGAUAAUUCUUCACUCUGAACAUUUUAAUGACUUCUUUAACUACGUGGAAAUGUCAACAUUUGACAUCGCCUCAGAUGCCUUUGCUACAUUUAAGGACUUGCUCACGAGACACAAGGUUCUGGUUGCAGAAUACCUAGAACAGAAUUAUGACGCAAUAUUUAGUGACUAUGAAAAGCUGCUGCACUCAGAAAACUACGUGACAAAGAGACAGUCAUUAAAGCUUUUAGGAGAGCUUCUGUUGGACAGGCAUAACUUCACCAUCAUGACAAAGUACAUCAGCAAGCCUGAGAAUCUUAAGCUCAUGAUGAACCUUCUCAGAGACAAAAGCCCAAACAUUCAGUUUGAAGCUUUCCAUGUGUUCAAGGUUUUUGUGGCCAACCCCAACAAAACCCAGCCCAUCGUGGACAUCCUUUUAAAGAACCAGACCAAACUGAUAGAGUUCCUCAGCAACUUCCAGAAGGACAGGACAGACGAUGAACAGUUCAACGAUGAGAAGACCUACCUGAUCAAACAGAUCCGUGACCUGAAGAAACCCGCCUCCUAAUUAGGGAAUUUUAUAGCCAACACCUUUUUAAAAACAAACCUAACUCUUUUUCUUAGUCCAGGAAACAUACAAAUAAAAGAGUAGUUCUCAAACA